CAAGCAUCUCAAAUUUGAAGAAAUUGCGACAAAAUGCAUGUGAAUAUAUGGAAUGAUAAAGUGCAAAAUCCAUUAUUGUGGAAGGGAGUCUAUGAAUAUGAUGCUACUUUGUUUCCAGAAAAUCAGAUUCCAGAGUGGUUGAGUUAUGUUCAUGAGUUUUUAAAAGAUAAUGAUGAUGGCAGGCGGAGGAAAAAAGAAGAGUGGGUAAUAGAUAUUGAGGGGCCACACUAUUUGGAGGAGAUAAGCGGAGUUGUAUUAUAUCUCGUAAUGUUUUUGAAAGAUACUUCAAGCUGGACUGGUGGUAAGUGUGAUGCUAAGAUAACCACUAACGGCUCAAAUCAUGUAUGUUGUAUUAAAGGAGUACAAUUGCUUAAUAUGGAUUGGUUCAACUCAACGGAAAAGACGCCUGGAUAUAUUGUAUGGGUGGGGUACUCUAAUUUACAAUCUUUUGAACUAAAGGUUUUGGACAAUUUGCGAGUUCAAUUUGAUAGUUUCCAUGGGGGAAGGUGA